ACUCUUCAUUAUGUGACGAAGGGAUGUACGGAUGAUGGAAACAACCGAACUAUGUUACUUUUCCUGCACGGAUUUCUCGACUUUUGGUACUCCUGGAACAGGCAAAUACCUAGUCUUGGUAAUGAAUUUUGCAUUGUGGCACCAGAUUUGCGUGGCUAUGGCAACUCUACAAGGCCUGAGGACACGGCCCAGUAUCUGAUGCUGAAUCUCGUCGGAGAUAUAAAAGGACUACUUGAAAACCUAAACCAAAACCACAAGAGGAAGGUCGUUCUGGUUGGACACGACUGGGGAGGCAUGAUCAGCUUCUGCUUUGCGACGUUAUACGAAACCUUGAUCGACGGCAUGGUGAUCAUCAACGGCAUGCAUCCAAAGGCCUUUGCUAAACAACUCUUUCGAAGCGUGAAGCAGAUGAGAAUGUCCUGGUACCAACUUCCAUUUCGACAUCCCGUUGUUCCCGAGCAAUAUCUGAUAAUGCGGGAUUUCGCCUUCUUUGACAAAGCGCACAGAGGUUUCACCGAAAACGAGACAUACGCCCACAAGUACAUGUUUUCGCGGGAUGGUGCGCUGACCGGUGCCAUAAGUUACUACCGUGCGUUCAACAACGAUAGCGAUCAACUAGGGAAGCUGCCGUACAAGGAGAUCAAUGUUUCCACGCUGAUUCUGUGGGCAGAGGAAGAUGCAUUCAUUAUGAGUCCGAUAGCCAAGUACAACCAAGAGUGGUUGAAAACGUCAAAAGUAGUGUACUACAAAGGUGCAGGCCACUGGCUACCCAGAGAAUGCUCCACGCAGGAAGAUGGCAUCGUGGUACCGACCAUCUACACCCCUCCAGCUACGUUCAAGAGCGAGAUCGACGCGUUCCUGACGGACGUGUUUGGUAGGAUGACUCUCGAUGACGCUACAUUAAUCGUCAUAGUAAGAGACUUCAACAUAGACCUAACGAGACCCGAUGGAAAGAGGUUAAUCUCCUUCAUGUAG